GGGGAGGGGGGUCAUAAAGAGUGAAGGAACAGGGUCAGGAGAGCUCAUAACAAGCUUAUAAAGAGACAGACACCACAAAGCAGACUGUUGGAGCCGUUACCUAGACUACAUUCACAGAUGAAGAUGAAGACUCUGGUCUUUCUGUUGUUGAGCUUGACAGUGGCUCUGCGGAGAGCACAUGGAGUCAUGGAUGAAUGGAUUGAUGAAUGGAAACCACCUUUGCACCAGAGAGAGAUCUACCCAGUCCUGAGAGACCUGGAGAAACCCGCUGGCUGGAACACUGAGGCGAUUGUAAAAACCCAGCUUAGUUCUGCGGUGGAGGAGAAACCUAAUGAACUGAGCCUUCUAGUGCAGGAGAAACCAGAAGAGCUGAGCCCCCUGGUGCAGGAGAAUCUAGUGGAACCCAGCCUGGAUUUACAGGUGAUUCCAGUAAGACAUGAAAAACCAGCUGAACGGAUGCCAGUGGUUCAGAAGAAACCAGAAACAGAAGACACUGUGGAGCUGGAGAAGAAAGUAGAGCAAGCCCAGGAGAAACCAGUAGAGAAAGCCCAGGAGAAACCAGUAGAGAAAGCCCAGGAGAAACCAGUAGAGAAAGUCCAGGAGAAACCAGUAGAAAUUGCCCAGGAGAAACCAGUAGAGAAAGCCCAGGAGAAACCAGUAGAGAAAGCCCAGGAGAAACCAGUAGAGAAAGCCCAGCAGAAACCAGAAGAACCGAGCCCUCCGGUGCAGGAGAAACGAGAGGAACUGAGCCCUCCAGGUCAUGUGAAACGAGAAGAACCGAGCCCUCCAGGUCAUGUGAAACGAGAAGAACUGAGCCCUCCAGGUCAUGUGAAACGAGAAGAACUGAGCCCUCCAGGUCAUGUGAAACUAGAAGAACUGAGCCCUCCAGGUCAUGUGAAACGAGAAGAACUGAGACCUCCAGGUCAUGUGAAACGAGAAGAACCGAGCCCUCCAGGUCAUGUGAAACGAGAAGAACCGAGCCCUCCGGUGCAGGAGAAACGAGAAGAACUGAGCCCUCCAGGUCAUGUGAAACGAGAAGAACCGAGCCCUCCAGGUCAUGUGAAACGAGAAGAACUGAGCCCUCCAGGUCAUGUGAAACGAGAAGAACUGAGCCCUCCAGUGCAGGAAAAACCAGAAGAACUGAGCCCUGACGCGCAGGAGAAACCAGAAGCACUGCCCCGUGACGAUCAAGAGAAACCAGAAGAACUGAGCCCUGUCGAGCAAGAGAAACCACGGGUAGAUGUGGCCCCUGUGGUUGAAGAGGAGUUGGUGGAGGUGGGCCCAGCAGCAGAGAAGGAGGCUCAGCCUGAGCAGGAGAUGAAGGCUGAGAUGGAGGAUCUACUGAGGAUGGAAGAUCCCGAGAUGGGCAAACCAGAGAUGGAAGUAGCAGAGAUGGGAUUAAAUAUGAAACAACCAGAGAUGGAAGGAAAAGAAAUGGAAGAACCAGAAAUGGAGGAAUCAGAAGUACCAAGGGUAAAAAUGGAACCUGAAGUAGAAAUGGAGACAGAGGUGGAGAUGGCGCUUGCAAUGGGCGAGGGGCUCACCUACCAAGAGGAGGGCCCUCUUAUGGAGGGUGAAAAUGUCAUGGCUGUAGAGCCAAUCAUGGAUUUGGAACCACUGCCAGAGGACACUUUGAUUGAACAGUAUUGGAGAGGAAGCAGUCCUAUGGAUGACAACAAGAUGGCUCCAGAAAUUAUGUAUCAUUUUGAUCUGGAAGAGGAGCCAAUGACAGAACUGGAGCCGUUGCUAAGGGAGGGGCCUAGCCUGGAGGAAGACGAUGAGUAUGUCAUGGCGGAACAACCAAUCGUGGAGCUGGAGCCUGAAAUGAGGGAUGUGCCUUUUGGAGAGAAUCCAAUCACGACAGAUUACGCCAUCAAGGGGGAGGAGCCAGUGAGGGAACUAAUGGAAGACAUGGGGCCUACGAUGGAGAGGGAAUACUUCCUGGCUGAAGAACCAAUCAUGGAGCUGGAACCUGAAAUGAGGGAGGGGCUAUACACUGGACAUUAUCCAAUGACAGACUCAGAUGUGAUGGUAGAGGAGCCAAUGAUGGAGUUGGAGCCUCUAGAAGAGAAGAGACAUCUUAGGGAAGAGCGUUUGCUAUUGGAGGAGGGGGUUCGAGUAAGAGAGAGGCCUCUCAUGGAGCAGCCAACGUUGGGCAAGGGCCCCAUGAUGGAUGGAGAGGCGCGAAUGUGGGUGGAACCAGAGAGGGCGAAGCGGUCUUUAAAUAGGGAGGAUAGCGAGGUGGGGCUAAAGGAGAACAUGGCCCAACUUGAACCUACAGGGAGGAGCUCCUGCAGUGGUGUGGUCCUGGAGGGGAAAUGCUACCAGUUCUUCAGAGGCCCAAAGACAGCCUCAGAUGCUGAGUUCUACUGCCAGGCUAAGGUCCCUCGUGGCCACCUGGCAUCCAUCACGAGUCAGACCAUCCACAGACAGGUCAUGGACCUCAUGCUGCAACAGAUCGGAGGAUACACACGCACCUGGGUUGGAGGACUACGCUACCUGGACACUGGUCGCUUCAUCUGGUUGGACGGUGCCCACUGGUACUAUGAUGAUUGGCUGCCUGGUGAGCCCAAUUACACGGCAGGAGUGGAGAACUGUCUGGAGCUGCUGGCACUUGGAAAUGGGAAGUUUAAUGAUAUGCCGUGCUGGGAUCUGCGAGCGUUUGUCUGCUCUCACCCUGUCUAGGAAACAGUAGGAUAAAGAUGACCCUAGACCAGUGGAAACUGCUGAGGGGAGAUCGGCUCAUAAUAAUGGCUGGAAUGGAUUAUAAUGGAUGGAAUGUAAUAGUGCCAAAGCCAUUAAAACCAUGUUUUUGAAACCAUUCCAUUAACUCCGUUCCAGCCAUUAUAUUGAGCUGUCCUCCACCGCCCUAGACACUGAUCUAAAGUCAGAUUACAUUCUUCACCCCGGUGUGGAACAUUUGGGGGGAAACUGAUCCUAGAGCUGUACAUAUUAGUGCAUCCUCUAUCCCGAGCUCGAGGAACACAGCAGUGUCAGAUUUUAUGACCCUUGCACUUUGAACCUCAAGGGGGUUUCCAGUUUGAGUCACGGGGGAUUCAAGUACCUGGCUUCAGUGGUGAAAGAGAUUCUUAAACAUUUAACUGCAUUUACACUGAAAGAUAUUAUUUCUCAAUGAUAAACAAUCUAUUUUUAGCCAUAGGAAAGCACUUUUUAUAUUUUGAAGAUAUAACUAUGUUCAUAUGUUUGUGUAAAAGUUAUAUAAAUGACUGUAAUCAAUUCUAUAAAGGGACAUUUUUGCUAGAAACA